CAUAUGGAUCGAGAGAAAAGUAAAUCUGAGGAUCUUCAAAAGGAAUUGCUUCGUUUGGAUUUGCAAAUGAAAGAUUCAGCUAGGGAUUUGAUUUCGACGCUUAAUGAAGAAAAAAAGAAAACUGAAGAUUUACAAAAGGAAAUAAACCGCUUGCAAAACAAGCAGGAAGUCACAAAGAUUAAAAUAGAAAAAACAGAAACUGAUGUAAAGACACGGGAUGACGUUUUGAAAGACCUCGAUGACAAAGCAAGUUCUUUGCAUGAUGCGUUACAAAACACGGUGGAAGAAAUGCAAAAGUUAGUAAGGCAUGUCACAAAAAUGGACAAGGAAAUGCAUAAUUUGAGAACAGAACAAAGAGCUUUCCGUGAUGAAUAUAGUGGCGGUAAUUUAAUUCUAAAUAGUAUACGGGCUGGAUUAUCUUUCGUCGUCAGCAAACUACUGGAAUUCGCAACGGGAGGGUUAUUAUCUGUACGUUUACUUAACUAAAGAUGCAUGUAAUUGCAUGUAGA